AAGAACAAGAAGUAAACUUACCAGUAGGUGGACGUCUGUUCCACCACAAACAAGUUUGGAAAGAAUUGGGUCUUCCAAACUUUUGUCAAGAGGUCGUAAAUGGAUUAAAAGUCCAUCUGCUUCCAAACUUCAAGCCGAUGCUAAACCCAAUUCCGAUUUCAAUUCCAGAGGGUCCGAAAUCAGAUUGCAUCACAAAGGAAGUACAAGACUUGUUAUUAGACGAUGCCAUCGAACAAGUACUUCCAAACCAAUGUUCUAGAACAUUCGAAGAAUAA